GGCAGGAGGUGCUUGGCGGCCGCGAGUACGUCUCCUGAACUACUCGUCAGUUGUGUCCCGCUCGCCGUAGAGAGCGCACGCAAGCCGCUCCGCCCUCCUGGCUCUCGCCCCGAGCACGCACCGCCGUUCGGCUCACCUGUGUUGGAUAACUCGGGCGAUCAGUGCGCGGUGUUCCCAUGUGUUGCAAGUAUAGCUGCUGCUGCUUAGAGGUUUCACGUGCGUUGAGAUUCUCCAUGAAAUUAGCGUGUGUUUAUCACUGAAAUUCAAUGGGCAUUUAAAUGGUUCUUCGUUUAUUUGAGUCACCAGAUGGCUUAAGGCGUUGGUGAUGAUUCCCUCGUGAGUCUGCCAAGGAUAACAGCAGACGGAGGUGAUCGCCAGUGUAUAGAAAGUGUGUGCAGGCCACAACAUAUUAUUUCAUAAGUUUAGUUAUACCGCAAAUACAGUGAGUGCUCUUCAACUUCAGAUCAAAGGUGUAUGAAUAUCGUGUACAAUUCGGGUGCCGGUGUUUAGACGUCCCCGGUAUGGUGGUGUGUCCGUGGUAAUUGCUGUGGUUACCAUGGGUUACAUGGCAGUGCGAGCCAUGGUGGGCGUGUGGGCGUGGCUUACUCUGAUGGGCGUCAUCCCAAACACUGUGCCCCAGGUGGAGAGCGCUGGAGUAAACGGUCAAAUAGGAGGCGGUUCAGUUAGCGUUGUGUCAAGCUGCCCUGCCCGCUGCGCCUGCUUCGGAACCACCGUGGACUGCGCCAAGAGAGGUCUUACGAGGUUGCCUCGUGGUGUUCCCCCGGAUACCCAACGACUGGACCUGCAGGGGAAUGACCUCACAGCUGUCUACUAUUCUGACCUGGCAGGCUUGUCUCACCUCCGGAUUUUGCAACUUCAUGAAAACAAGAUUCACACCGUGGAACGCGGGGCUUUUCAGGACUUGGUGCAGCUGGAAAGACUUCGCCUUGACAACAAUCGUCUGCAGCAUCUGCCUGAUAACCUCUUUGCAAACUGUCCAAGUCUCUACAAACUAGAGCUUAACCACAAUCAACUGAAGAUCAUUGGCAAGAAAUUGCUGAAGGGGCUUGCACAACUCAGAUACUUGCAGCUGGACGAGAAUCAGAUAACAUGCAUCGACGAGCAGGCGUUCAAGGGUCUCAGUCUGCUGGAGAUUCUGACUCUGACGAACAACAACAUCACGACCGUGUGGCGUGGCACCUUCGAGACGACGCCGCGCCUACGCGCGCUCAGGAUCUCGGGCAACAAGUUGAUCUGCGACUGCCACCUGGCUUGGCUGGGCCGCAUGCUGGCCGCGGCGCCGCACCUCGCCCCCUACGUGCGCUGCUCCUCGCCCUAUCGCCUCAAGGACCGCCUCGUCACAGAGGUGCUCGACCAAGAGUUCAAGUGCACCGGCCUGGUGGACAGCGUGGACCGCGGGUGCUCGCUGGCCCCCGUGUGCCCCCGGGCGUGCCGCUGCGGGGUCGGGAUCGUCGACUGUCGGGACACCGGCCAGACCCACGUGCCCACGCACAUCCCCGACGACACCAUUGAACUGCGCUUGGAGCACAACGAGAUCCGACAUGUUCCCUCCAAGAUCUUCACACCCUACCGGCUCCUCAAACGCAUCGACCUCAGCAACAACGAGAUCUCCGAAGUGGCAGAGGACGCUUUCCACAGCCUCAGCAACCUCAACUCCUUGGUUCUCUACGGAAACAAGAUUACCACGAUCUCCCCGAGGGUCUUCAGGGGCCUCUCCAACCUCCAGCUUCUGUUGCUCAACGCAAAUCAGAUCGAAUGCGUUCAUCAGGAGGCCUUCAAGGACCUGCGGAAGUUGAGCCUCUUAUCUCUCUACGAUAAUAGGAUCAUGAGCUUUGGCAACGGAACAUUUGCUCCUCUUGUAAACAUCCAGACUAUGCAUUUGGGGGCCAACCCGUUUGUGUGCGAUUGCAACUUGGCUUGGCUGGCGUCCUACUUGACCGAAAACCCCAUCGAAACGUCGGGGGCUCGAUGCCAGGAGCCAGCCAAGCUCUCCAGGAAGCCCUUCAAUCGGCUGAAACAGGAGAGUUUCAAAUGCACCAAUGAAUUACGGUCCCGCUAUAAUGGUCGCUGCAACGAGGCCGACCUUUGUCCUGCCCAGUGUCGCUGCGAAGGGACGCGGCUGGACUGCUCUGGCCGUGAAUUGACGUCUCUGCCCACUGACAUACCUCCAGCCACCACCCACCUGGACCUGAGUUACAAUCAGCUCUUCUCGCUUGAUGGAACCACAAGCCUUGCUGAGCUCAAGGAACUCACCCAUCUCGACCUCUCCCAUAACCGCCUCACUUCCCUCAGCCCGGAUUUCUUCAGGGGGACAAGAGCGCUCACGCAUCUGGACCUCUCCGGGAACCACAUCUCCUGUAUCUCACGGCGGAUCAGUAGUCACCUUCCACGUCUGUCCAAGCUGGACAUGUCAGCGAACCCUCUUAACUGCGACUGCCGCGCCUCAUGGCUGUCUGAGUUCGUGGCGAUGCAUGAGGGCUCCGUGUCCCCCACCUGCCACCUGCCAGAAAGCCUCAGAGACACGCCAGUCACUGAGCUUCAGGAGUCGCAGCUCACGUGCAGGGAAGAUGAAAACAACGAGGAUGACUGCGCGGGCUCUGUGUACUGCCCACCUGAGUGCCAGUGCCGUGGCGCUGUAGUGAGGUGCUCGCGGUCACACCUCACCCAGAUCCCUCGGGGUAUACCGCCAGACACCACCGAGCUGUAUUUAGACGUCAAUGAGAUAAAGAGCGUCGACCCAGAGAGGCUGAAGCAUCUCAAGGUUCUGAAAAGGCUAGACCUAAGCAACAAUCAGAUCACCAUACUAUCCAACAAGACCUUCUCAGAGCUUAAGCAACUCUCCACACUGAUUGUGUCCUAUAAUAAACUUGGUUGUAUGGAGAGGGAUGCUCUGCUUGGACUCAAAGCUCUGAGAAUUCUCUCUCUGCACGGGAACGACGUCUCGUUUAUUCCAGAGGGAACAUUCAGAGACCUAGAGACCAUCACGCACAUUGCACUUGGAGCGAAUCCGCUUUACUGCGACUGUUCGCUGGCUUGGCUGGCCAAGUGGGUGAAGGGAGACUUCGUGGAACCCGGAAUUGCUCGUUGUGCCGACCCGCGACCCAUGCGGGACAAGUUGGUUCUAACGACCCCUCCGGAAAUGUUUACUUGUACAGAAAAAGUACCAGAUGAUAUACUCGCUAAGUGUGACUUGUGUUACACUCGACCGUGCCAGAACGGAGGGACAUGUAGGUCAGGCCCUGGUCAGCAGUAUGAAUGUCGUUGCGCCGCUGGCUUCCACGGCUCGGAGUGCCAGUACAAGAUAGAUGCAUGCUACGGGAACCCCUGUGACAAUGGCGGUACUUGCAAAGUUUUUGAGACCGGGAGAUAUGCGUGUCACUGCCCCACUGGGUUUGAAGGAGGACGAUGCGAAGUGAACAUCGAUGACUGCGAGGGCAACAAGUGCGCCAACAACGCUACCUGCGUCGAUGGCAUCAACUCCUACUCGUGCACUUGCCCGCCAGGCUUCAUGGGCGAAUACUGCGAAAGAAAGAUUUCUUUCUGCUCAAAGGAAUUCAACCCUUGCAAGAAUAGCGCUACCUGUGUCGACCAUGGCACGGGGUAUGAGUGUCAAUGCGCCCUUGGCUGGUCCGGGAACAACUGUACGGAAAACCUGGACGAUUGUGCCAAUCACAUGUGUCAGAACGGCGGCCAGUGCAUCGACGGCGUCGGCGACUACGAGUGCAAGUGCACCGGGGAUUGGAGCGGCAGGUACUGCGAGCUCGGCCCCUCCGUGCUGCUGCAGACGGAACCGUGUCUGCAGCAUGACUGUCGCCACGGCGUCUGCGUCGUGCCGAGGGGGAAGAUGGAGUAUGUUUGCAAAUGUUCACCCGGGUACUCAGGAAAGUACUGCCAGCACAUGACUGCAGUCAACUAUAUAGAUUCAAGCAGCUUUAUCCAGCUCAUUACGCCUCCCUUCCGGCCAUCCAUCAACGUGACCAUCAGCUUCACGACGCGGUCGCCCAACGGCGUCUUGAUGUAUCACGGAAAGGAGCGGAAGCAUCUCGCUGUCGAGGUGUUCAAAGGGCGGCUAAGGAUCAGCUAUGAUGUUGGUAACCACCCAGCCUCUACAAUGUUCAGUUACGAGCUAGUAAGUGAUGAGUCCGAGCACACAGUCGAGCUGCUGUCCGAGCGCCAGAACUUCACUCUGCGCGUCGACGGGGGCGUGGCGCGAUCCAUGGUGAACGCUGGAGACUUGGAGUACCUCGAGGUAGACACGCCUCUGUUCCUGGGUGGUGUCCCCCCCGACGUCGCCAGACACGCGCAGGCACAGUGGCAUCUGAGGAACUCCACUAGUUUUCAAGGUUGCAUGAGCAGAGUUGAAGUGAAUGGUCGAGUGCAGGACUUUGCGGAAAGCGAGAAGCAGAACAAAGUGGUACCUGGGUGCGGUGAUGCAGAGCAACGCGACCAAGAGGUUGACAGGAUAAAACAGAAAGUAACAACCGUUCCCAAAACUAACAGGCGCAAAAGUUCCAAAAACAAAGACGCGUGCGCCGCUAACGAGUGCGUGAACGGCCAGUGCCGACCGCGUCGCAAGGGUGGAUAUCGGUGCAGGUGUAAGAAGGGCUGGAGUGGCAAGCUCUGUAACCAAGCCCCUUCAUGCAGCAAGGAAGCAGAAAAGGCCUACGUGUAUGACUACGGCUGCCGUUCACGUCGCCCGAUCAGGCAGUUUACAUGCAAGGGCUCGUGCGGCACUGACUGCUGCGAGCCCAGGCGAUAUCGGCAGAAGCGUGUGGCCAUGAUCUGCAACGACGGAACAAAGUACAUGAAGGAAGUGGAUAUUGUGCGAAAGUGUCGGUGUUCCCGAGGUUGCAGAGGCAUAUAAUAUGCAGAGAAACGAGAAUUGUCAGUGAAACCAUAGACGUACUUUGUGAACUCCAUGGACCUGGUCCGUAUUCAUAGUAAAGCCAGACAUUUACAUAUACUAUAUACAAAUACAUUUACAGUUUGUGUUUACAUAGUACUUACAGUGCGGGUAAUCUGUAAUUGUGUGUUGUUGAAAAAGAAAGAUAUGGUUGGGAUAGGACUAAAUAACCUGGCAAAUUUACUUGCUUAUAUUGUAGAGCAUCUACAUACUCCAAAACAAGCUUUACGUGCAGUGGAAAUAUUUGUGUAAAUAGUCAUACUUAUAGUAAUAUGUUCGAUAAUGUGUCUCAUUAAGAUAAGCUUUAUAUGAUUAAUCUUAAGCUAAACUUUAUUCAGGAAUCUUUUGUUGGAAGUGUCGUGGCCAUGUUUAAGAAGACGGAAAUGACAGAGAUAUAUAACUGCUUAAAAGUCUUCAGUGUAAGCAAGCUGAUACAAAAAUACGUGUACUUUACAGAACCCAUCCUUUGAGCUGAAGGAAGUAGAGUACGUGAACCAUAGUAGUGAUAAGGAAGAGAGACAACUCAUCCAUAAUCCUUAAAAAUAUUACACAAAUAACCCAACGGCGAUGUUCUUACAGUAUACAAUAGAACAUUUUCGCCACCAGGGCAAAUGUAUACACAGUACUAUCAUAUUUAAAUAUUAGCCAUGUACCAGGUUCUCUAGAAUGAGCUUUGCUUGAUAAUCUAAGAGACCUAUGGUGUGGGCACUGGACAUGUCCUGUAGAAGAAGCAUUUAUUACCAAACCAUAAGCUUUCGUGCUAACUGAUAUGUGGCGUGUUCGCUCAGCCGAACUGACAUUAUAUAAUAUUUGAAAACGUUUCUUAAAUUCAGUUGUUGCUCAGAAAACGUUCCUCUAUGAUACCACAGGAUUGGUCAUCUCUGCUGACUUUGAGGAAAGAAGUACGAACAAAAAAAUCUGGCAAGGUAUGGAAACCGAUCCAUCCAUCAUUCAAGACAUUUGAUUUUGGAAUCAUAUUUUUUUCUGAUAUAGAUUCCCCAGGAGGAUGGGAUCAAGAAAGAUAUGGGAGAGUGGAAGAUAGCAUCCCAAUAGUCAGCUCCAGAGCUUCACCCUCACCUGCCUCCAGUAGAAUAGGCCCAGUGUGUUGCGUUAAAAGUGCUUCCUCGACUGGCCAACAUGCUGCUUGCUGGUACAUGAUCAACGCCCUGUAUUUACCUUCGUCCAGUAUUGGUGUUGCAAGUCAGUGUUGUCCCCCUGUGUGUGUGCUAUAGGAUCUCCAAAGUGCGGACGACAAGCGACUUUUCCUCCAAGUCGCUGCCAUUCGUUUUCUUGUAAAAAAAAAAAGAUCCUAAAAUACAUUAGACAUGAAGACCUGUAGCAAAUAUGUAUAUUUAAAAAUCAUCUCUUA